AUGACUGCGUCGCUAUAUACGUCGAAUCUCCGUCACGUGGCAGAGGUCUCGCGCACGUGCUUGAGGUCACGUGCCUGCCCCGGGGGUUAUUCUCCCGUCGGUGAUCUUCCCGUCCACCGCCAGAUCGCUUCGCUCAUCAAAGUCCCGCGCGCCAGCCAUCGCUCUCUAGCACUACUCCCCCACCGCCCGAUGAAGUUCUCCCACUCGCUGCAGUUCAACGCUGUGCCCGAGUGGUCCUCGCGCUACAUCGCGUACUCGCAGCUCAAGCGGCUCAUCUACACGCUCCAGAAGGAAAAGCUCUACCAGAGCAGCGUCUCGGACCCGGAGCUCGUCCCGCUCCACGACAGCUAUGAGCACAAGUUCCUCGAGGCGCUCGACAAGGAGCUCCACAAAAUUGACGCCUUCUUCGCGCAGCAGGAGACGCGCAUCUUCGCCAGCUACCACGAGCUGAAGGACGACGUAGCCGAGUUCUACGCGCAGCAGCCGCUGCACGAGUUCCUCAGCCGCCGCAGCAGUGCCUCCGGCGCCUCCGCCGUGUCCGAGGGCUUGCGCCCGGCGCUGCGGCACGCCGCCUCACUGUCGGACGACGACGACGACGACGAUGACGACGACGAUGACGACGACGAUGACGACGGCCACAACAACCGCGCUGGCAACGGCGGCCACGCCAACAGCACGAAUAACAGCGGCUUCCGCAGGCGCGGCAACUCCGCCAGCGAAAUGGUACCGCUCGUGUCCCGCAGCACCCACUACGCGGGUCUCCUCGACCCGCUGAUGGAGGACCGUAUCAACCUCAAGAAGCGGCUUGUCGUCGCCUACACGCAGCUCUCGGAGCUCAAGAGCUUCAUAGAGCUCAACCAGACCGGAUUUUCCAAGAUCUGUAAAAAGUUCGACAAAAGUCUUGACACCAACGUCAAGCCCGGCUACAUCGCAAGCCUGUCCUCCCGCGCCCACGUGUUUAGCCCUGCCGCCCUCGCUGACAUUGAUGCCUCCAUCGGCGACGCCAUCUCCAUGUACGCGCGCCUGCUGGGCCUCUCCACCGACCCCAACCAGGACCCCGCGGCCAUUGAGGAGGCCGAGCGCGAGCUUUCGCUCCACCUACGCGAGCAUGUCGUCUGGGAGAGGAAUACGGUGUGGAAGGACAUGAUGAACCUCGAGCGCCAGGCCCAAAACUUCAAGACUGCCGCCCACGCGAAACGCAAGGCUACGCAAAAGUCGCUUGACGACGAGGUGCGCAUGUCUCCGUCCCCCGACGAGCUGCCCAAUGCCACUCUUACCGAUGCGCUCCAUAUGACGCCAGCACACUACUUCCGUGUGCUUCUGAGGUCCCCAGGUAUUCUUCGUUUCACGGGUAUCACAGCGAUCUUCCUGCUCAUUCUCGAGUUCGUACCAAUCCGCGAUACGCUCCAGAAAAACUGUCUUUCCAUCGUAAUCUACGCCUCUAUGCUCUGGGCCACUGAAACGAUCCCGCUAUUUGUUACUUCACUGUUGGUCCCACUCCUAAUCGUUGUGCUGCCCGUUCUCAAGGACUCUGAGGGCAAUGUAAUGACCUCUCAGCAGUCUUCCCAGUACAUUCUCUCUACUAUGUGGUCGAGUGUGAUUAUGCUACUUCUGGGUGGUUUUACCUUGGCUGCGGCGCUCUCCAAGUACAACGUUGCUAAAGUUGUGUCUACCCAUGUCCUGGCUUCUGCGGGAACAAACCCCAAAAUUAUCCUUCUCACAAACAUGUGCGUGGCCCUGUUCGUGUCUAUGUGGGUUUCUAACGUUGCGGCCCCAGUCUUGUGUUACUCUAUUAUUCAGCCUCUGUUACGCACGUUGCCCAAGAACAGUUCUUUUGCCAAGUCCUUGAUCCUUGGCAUUGCGCUUGCCUCGAACAUUGGAGGGAUGGCGUCGCCUAUCGCUUCGCCUCAAAACAUUUUCUCAAUUGGAAUGAUGGACCCACAGCCCACUUGGGGACAGUGGUUUAUUGUUGCCCUGCCAGUUUGUGCCAUUUGUACCCUGGGUAUAUGGGUGAUGUUGCUCAUAAGUUUCCCCGUUGAUAGAAGUCUCAAACUUUUGCAACUUCAUCCCAUCAAAGAUCCAUUCACUGUUCAGCAGUGGUACGUUACUCUCGUCACUAUUGUCACUAUUGUACUGUGGUGCAUGGCCAAACAAUUGAGUGGCAUUUUUGGUGAAAUGGGAAUUAUUUCAAUCAUUCCUAUCCUGCUUCUCUUUGGAACCGGGAUGCUAAGCUCAAGCGACUUUAACAACUUCAUGUGGACCAUUGUUGUCUUAGCAAUGGGAGGGACGACGCUUGGUAAGGCAGUCACAUCCUCAGGCCUUUUGGCCUCGAUCGCCAACACUAUAAAGGACCAUGUGCAAGACAAACCGAUUUUUCUCAUUGUACUCAUCUUCGGAAUUGUGAUUCUCGUAAUGGCGACGUUCGUUUCACACACCGUCGCCGCCAUGAUUAUUGUGCCACUGAUGAGCGAAAUUGGAAAGAACCUGCCAAACGGAGACCACUCGAGACUGUUGAUAAUGAUUGCCGCGCUGCUAUGCUCCGCUGCCAUGGGUCUUCCAACGUCAGGAUUCCCUAAUGUGACCGCCAUUUCAAUGAUAGACGAAUUGGGUGAUAGAUAUCUAACGGUCGGGAACUUUAUCACCCGAGGCGUGCCCGCCAGUAUCUGGUCUUACUUUGUCAUUACCACUGUAGGUUACGGGCUAAUGAAGCUGAUCGGCUAUUAG